AUGUCUCGAGCAGCGGUCCCCUCGACCUCUACUCUCACCCAUAUCUCCUCUCGGGCCCUUCCAUCAACAUCUGCCGCUGCCCGCCUUUCGACCCCGGCCCGGACUUUCGCUACCGUCCAAGAUGGAGCUGCCCCCAAAAAACCACAUGGCGGCUUGAAGGAUCAGGACCGUAUCUUCACCAAUCUUUACGGCCAUCAUGGCACAGAUCUGAAGUCGGCGAUGAAGUACGGCGACUGGCAUAAGACGAAGGAAAUUGUUCUCAAGGGCCAUGACUGGCUUAUCUCCGAGAUCAAAGCCUCUGGUCUGCGUGGUCGUGGUGGUGCUGGUUUUCCAUCUGGUCUUAAAUACUCUUUCAUGAACUUCAAAGACUGGGAUAAGGAUUCGCGACCACGAUACUUGGUUGUCAAUGCUGACGAGGGCGAGCCCGGAACCUGCAAAGACCGUGAAAUUAUGCGCAAGGACCCCCAGAAGCUUAUCGAGGGAUGCUUGGUUGUUGGUCGCGCCAUGAACGCCACUGCUGCUUACAUCUAUAUCCGUGGUGAAUUCUAUCACGAAGCUACCGUGCUUCAACGCGCUAUCCAAGAAGCUUACCAGGCCGGUUUGAUUGGUAAGAAUGCUUGUGGAACUGGCUACGACUUCGAUGUAUACGUUCACCGCGGUGCUGGAGCAUACGUUUGCGGUGAGGAAACAUCACUCAUUGAGUCCCUCGAGGGAAAGGCUGGCAAGCCUCGUCUUAAGCCUCCCUUCCCCGCUGCCGUCGGUCUAUUUGGUUGCCCCAGUACCGUCACCAACGUGGAAACAGUCGCUGUUGUUCCCACCAUCGUGCGUCGUGGUGCUAGCUGGUUUGCUGGCUUCGGUCGUGAACGUAACCAGGGUACCAAGCUAUUUUGUAUCUCGGGUCACGUCAACAACCCUUGCACUGUUGAAGAAGAGAUGUCUAUUCCCCUGCGAGAACUAAUUGACCGCCACUGCGGUGGUGUUCGUGGUGGAUGGGACAAUUUGUUGGCUGUCAUUCCCGGCGGUUCCUCUACCCCCAUUCUUCCCAAGAGCGUCUGUGAUGAUCAAUUGAUGGACUUUGACGCUCUCAAAGACUCCCAAAGUGGUCUCGGAACCGCAGCUGUUAUUGUCAUGGACAAAUCCACUGACGUCGUCCGUGCUAUUUCUCGCCUCUCUCAUUUCUACCGCCACGAAAGUUGCGGACAGUGUACACCAUGCCGUGAAGGUAGCAAAUGGACACAGCAGAUUAUGCACCGAAUGGAGUCAGGCCAGGCUCGUGAGCGCGAGAUUGACAUGCUUCAGGAAUUGACCAAGCAGGUUGAAGGACACACCAUCUGUGCCUUGGGCGAAGCCUUUGCUUGGCCUAUUCAGGGUCUUAUCCGCCACUUCCGACCCGAGCUUGAAGCUCGUAUCAAGCAGUAUGAAGCGGAACACGGCAAGCAGCCUUUCGCUGGCGGUUGGGCUCCACAGACAAAAGAUGAGGGAAAGCUGAUUGCGCCAGGUCAAUAG